AUGCCUGGAAUUACAAGCGCCCCGAAGCAGGGUGCAACCGGAAGCACUAGCUCCCCAUUUCGCAAGCCAUUAUUUGUUGCCGAACCUCCACUAGGAGACGAUGGCCGACCGAUCAUUCAGAAAGUUCUUAUCGCCAACCGCGGAGAAAUUGCCUGUCGCAUUAUUCAGACUUGCCGGAAGUUGAACAUAUUGUCUGUUGCGGUCUAUGUUGAUGAGGAUUCAUCCUCACGGCACGUUCGAGAUGCAGACGAGGCUAUCAAUAUCGGUAGCAUUGACCGGAGCGACCGAAACCCCUUUCUCAAUAUUGAACUCCUGGUGCGAACGGCCGUGAACGUCGGUGCCAACGCCAUUCAUCCGGGUUAUGGAUAUCUCAGCGAAAAUGCGGACUUCGCCAACAGCGUCCGCGAAGCUGGACUGAUUUUCAUCGGACCAAGUGCAAGUGCUAUGUCGACAUUGGGCGAUAAACGAUCUUCAAAAGCAUAUCUAGGGGAACAUGCACCUGACGUUCCCCUAAUCCCUGGAUUUGCCGGGUCAAGUCAAGACGCCGAAGCAUUGAAGCGAGUUGCAGAAGAGAUUGGAUUCCCUGUCAUGCUCAAGGCCUCUGCUGGAGGUGGCGGCAAAGGCAUGCGUAUCGUACGUGAAUCGAGCCAAUUGAAGGAAGAGCUUGAGCGAGCACAAUCCGAAGCACAGCGGUCAUUCGGUUCAAGUGAUUGUAUCCUAGAGAAGUACAUCGAAAGCAGCAAACAUGUGGAAAUCCAGAUCCUUGGCGAUUCACAUGGUGAAGUGGUUUCCUUUUUCGAUCGUGACUGUUCCGUUCAAAGGCGUCAUCAGAAAGUCAUUGAAGAAACCCCCUGUCCAUUCUUGACCGAUGAAACACGCCAAAAGAUGAGUGCGACUGCCGUACGCAUCGCAAAACUCAUUGGAUAUGAGAAUGCCGGUACCGUCGAAUUUGUCGUGGACGUGAAGACUGGCAAAUUUUAUUUCCUCGAAGUCAACGCGCGACUGCAAGUUGAGCACCCUAUCACUGAAGAGGUUACUGGAGUGGAUCUUGUAUCUUUGCAGCUUUUCGUCGCGGCGGGUGGACGGCUUCAAAGUUUGCCUGCCGUACAAAACGUGACCCAGGUUGGACACGCAAUUGAAUGUCGCCUUUGUGCCGAGGAUCCGGAGAAGAACUUCUUCCCUGAGCAUGGCAAGGUCCAUUUGUGGCUCCCUGGGAGUGGAGAUUUGGCACCUGGUCGGGAUGUUCGAUAUGAGACUGCCAUCGAGUCUGGCUCGUCGGUAUCCAUCUAUUUCGAUUCCAUGAUUGCCAAGCUUGUUGUGUGGGCUCCAUCAAGAGCGUUGGCUGUCGAGAAGAUGGCCAAGGUCCUUGCACACACAGCUUGCGUUGGCGUCAAGACGAAUCAGCUUUUCAUGCAGGCUUGUCUGCUAAACAAGGGCUUCCACGAUCCUGCAUAUACUACCGCAUUCAUUCCAACCCACCUGGAUAAACUUCUUCAGUCGCCCUGGAAGUUGAAUCUUCCCGAGGCUGAGAAAGCUCUCUCGGUCAUUCCCAGCUUGGUCGCCCGCAAAUUGCCUGACUAUAUACCAACCACUUCACACCGCAAGCCAUUCGGGAAUGUUCGCAAGCAAUUCCGCAAUCAACGAUAUGAUCCCGUGAACAUUCACAGUGAUAUUGUGACAAGGGUCAGCUGGCCCCAAACAACAUCCAGUAAUGAAAAUCUUCAGUCAAAAACUGUGUGUGUGUGGAAGGCACAAGGUCUUGCUUCGGCCUCUCGGGGUGAGGAGGCAUACUUAUUCCCGGUACCAGAUGCAGCCAACAGUCAGGAGAAGGCCAAAUCAGCAGCAAUGAAGGUUUCUGCGCAGUACAACAGUAUCAGUCAGGCAUUGAGAACCGGAGAAGUCUUGUCUACUACCCCUCGGGUGGUCAAAAUUGAGUCGUGGCGCCCUGCCCAAGGAAAUCCCGCUUUAACUGCAUCGUGGCUCACAUCCACCUUGGAAGUCUCAAUAGACGGAUCAAAGGUUCUCGCACAUGUGGCUCUACCCUCAGUUCAGCCUCAUGCUUUGGCAGGUCAAACAGACCGCAGCCAGAGAGUGUUCUGCCACCUACCUGCUCUUGGAACACAUGUUGAGUUCAAGCGUGACACUUUGUUAUCCUUUGCCGAAAGUACUCGUGCGGUGGUUAAGGAUAAGGAUGGACCUGAGGAAAGGACAGUCACAGCCCCGAUGCCUUGCAAAGUAUUGUCCAUUCUAAAGAAGAACGGGGAUGAAGUCAAGUCUGGGGAGACGGUUAUGGUGAUUGAAAGUAUGAAGAUGGAGGUCAGUAUUGCCGUGGGUGCAUCAGGCAAGUUCGAAUCGGAAUGGAAGACGGGAGAUGCCGUUGAAGAGGGGAGAGUUCUGUGCUCAGUCAUUUGA